GUCAAGUAAUAAAAAUAAAUGCAAUAAAACGAAAUGAAUUGGUGAUAAGAUCAAAGUCGAAGAAAACAUUUGUGAUAGUUAAUGUUCUUAAUUCGUAUAUGUUUAAGUUACAUAAGUCGCCACAUUUGUUUUUAAUUAAAGUAAUUGUGGUUGCCAAUACAUUUUAGUGAGUGUAGUGCAAGUGUCCUCUUUUUCUCUUGAGCAAUUUACAAACAAGAUGUCUGUUGUUCUAAGCAAAUUGUUGGGGCCUCCUUUAGAUGUUUCUUGUUAUACCUAUGUCCACCCAUGGAAAGAAUCGUGUAGUACAGCUAUUGCAGGUUGUUUUUUAUAUUGCAUAUUUGAUUCCUUAAGAAUCUAUGGCACAGUUUAUCUUUGCACCCUUUUAAUGAAAGGAAGAAUACCCACAAAACAGGACAUCAAAAGGACUCUCCAGGGUAUUGUACAAUCGACAGCUUUUCUUAGUUUUACUGGUUUUGGAUACAGUCUAUUUUUAUGCAGUCUUAGGAGGCUAUUAGGCAAUUUUAAUAUACUCACUGUUUCAUUCUUACCUGCAUUCUUAUCAAGUGUAUUUUCCAUUUUAAUUGAAAGACCUUCUCGAAGAGUUUUGCUUUGUUUAUAUGUUAGUAAUGUAGCUACUGAAACCGUAUGGAACAUGUUGGUCUCGAGAAACUUGGUCAGAAAUAUUCGUCACGGUGAUGUAGCGCUCUUCGGUAUUAGUAUGGCUCUAUUACUUACUUAUUACAAAAAGGGGAAUCAAAAAGAAGUGCCAGAUUCCAUGUUUAAGGUUUUAAGAUUUGUUGUAGGUCCCUACGAAGACAAGGACUAUGGCGUCAGACAUCCCGUUGAACCACCAAGCGCAUUCUACCGGCAAAGAGUGGCAAACAUAAACAACGAUCCGUCACAACAUACUCGGCGUCCCAAGAACGUUGUAUAUCACCUUAUUACUCAGAUGCUGCGAAUUUACAAGAAAAUCAUACACAGGGUAAAGUGUCAGGGUAGACAUACCAGUUGUCCUCAUCCAUUCAGCUGUCUUUAUUACGUCGCAGGCGGCACCACAAAAAUGUUUAGCAUAGGCUUGGGAAUACAGAUAACAUUGAAACUGGUGCUAAAUAUGAAGAGGAUAUUUGCAUCACCAAAAAAUAUGAAACAGAUCUUUUUGAGGAAGGACAUAGUGAAUUUAGGACUGUUCUUAGGAUUAUACUCCGGAUUAUUUAGGGGUUCUUUGUGUGUACUGAGGCGGAUAUUCGGAAAAGACGACCCUGCUUUUGCUUUCCCAGCCAGUCUUCUUGCUGCUAUAUCUUUUAAGAAAUAUCCAGACACAACAGUGGCGCUUUACGUCAUGUGGAAGGCUGCACAGAUAACGUACAACUUGGGGAUACAAAAAGGAUAUUUACCUAAAGUGCCUGGUUUCACGGAAUUCCUGUAUUGCCUGAGUACCGGUAUUCUGUUCCAUGCGGCUUUGGUCGAACCCACCAAUUUGAGGCCAAGCUAUUGGAAAUUCUUGCAUUCCAUUUCUGGAGGAAGGAUAGCUUGUAUGGCACGUGAACCGCUCGAUGCGUUCGGUUUGAACACAACAGAAUCUCUAGCAAAGGUUUUGAAAUCAACGAAAACAGUACCUAUAGUUUACUUUUAAUCAUCGAUAAUAACAUUUCAUUAGAUCAUUUUAAGCGGGAUUUUUUAAAUGAAAAAGUACUUGUGAUACAUGAUAAAUUCCAAAUCAUCAAUAGUCACAUCUUAAGCUCUCUGUACCGUUAUCAUCACAAACUUAACAUUAAGAAAUAUGGAACAAAAUUAUUCAUUACAGGACAAUUUCAAUGUUAAAUUCAUUCACCUAAUAGUAUUUUAAAUAUUUUUUGUGUUAUUCAUAAAGGGAACUGUGAUUUUUGUUCAAUUUUUUAAGAAAAAAAUUUUCUAAGGAAAAUUAUACAGGGUUGUUCA